AUCUCACUCAUCCUCUGCAUCUUACAUCUCAUCUCACAUCUAUCAAAACGCAAACAACGUUCCCAGAACCAAUCUAUCAAGAUGCCUGACAACUACUCCUAUAAGAGCUCCGGCACCAACAGCCAGGGCAACCACUACUGCUCUCGCGACUACGGCAGCGGGGCAGCAAACUCCAAUUCUUACCACUACUCUAACUCGGAUGGCUCGUAUUACUACAGCAACCCCAAUGGUAGCACCUACUACAAUAGCGGUAACGGCUAUUCCAGUUACACUGCUCCUAGUGGCGGAAAUGGUGGCAGCAGUGGAAAGAAAUAAAUUGUUCAACAUGAAAUGUGGUAUUGGAGGAUAUGAGAGUUCUUGAAUGAGUCUUCUGGUGGAGGAUGGUUUGUGCGGAAUAGGGGAUACCACUUGUAUGGGAUUGCGCAUGGUGAAUGGUGAUAGUUGUGGCUCAUUGCUUAGUGAACUUUGAAAUGGAAUUCGAGUCUUAUUGACAUGAU